AUGCCAAAGCAAGAAUAGGCGACGAAAUGUUGGGCAUGCGCACUACAACAACCAAACCGGAAAACCCCUAGAAGAAGAACCGAAUAGAAAAGAUGGCGGCAAGUAUGACUGGGCGAGCAUGUACAAGUCUUGUUUGGACAGAUGAUGAAGUGGAACUGCUGCUUCGAGUUACACUUGAUUAUAAAGUCAAAAGACUACAAGAAAGUGUCGAUUGGGAGACGUGUCAUUCAAAAUACAGCGAUAUAAUGUCGGCUUUCCAGGAGCAAUAUCCACGUGACUGUACAGACCGUGACUUUCCUCAUGACUCCACAGCAAUUACAAAAGCACAACUGACCGCAAAGAUCAAAAAUAUCAGGGGAAAAUACAGAGCAGCGGUGGACAGUGGACGAAAGAGUGGCUUUGGGCGUGUGGUGCUCUUGUUUUUCGAACUCUGUGAGGAGAUCUGGGGUGGAUCGCCUGCUACGCGCUCGAUUGAAUCUGGAGUCGAGACGGCGGACCUGGACGAGACUUCCACGCAGAUGUCCGAGACUUCGGAUCAGCCCGCUGACUCGCCGCAAUCUGCAGUCUCAGCCGAAAGUGUGCUGCCUUCUCCAGUAAUCAAGCAGCGCAGACAUAUGCUGCAGGCCAAGCUGAAUAGCCACAGAGGAGACAGGCUGAAGAGGAGGACUCCUACAGAGACCGCAGAGGAAGAUAUUCAGAUUAAAAGAAGAAUGCUUGAGCUGAUGGAGCAGACAUCAAGGCGCAAUCAGGAGAACAUACAACAAAUUAACACAAACAUAGCCAACAUCACCAACACCAUACAAGAUGGAUUUUCGUUACUGAGGGAGCUGUUACUCCAGCCUCCACCUGCACGUCACUACAAUAGCAACACUGCUUAUGGACACUUCCAAGGACACCAACAGUCACACUUGUACCCAAAUCCACCAUCCAAUUCAACAGCCCACUGUCACACACCAAGUCCAGCACUCCACUCAGGAAGAUAUACACCAACGACCCCACAAUCACAGGAACCGUCACAACAUAACACACCCUCAUUUUCUUACACCCGAUCACUUUUUCAAGAUGAAUAAGUUCAUCUGUUGCACAGUUACAAUGUAGCACAUCAUCACUCAGGUGAAUUGUUUGGUUCGUUGAAAAGAACCAAGUUAUUUUAGUUGUUUUGAUUUUGCACAGCCUGGGUUAUGUGACCCAGCUUUAACAACUGUUUCACUUUAAUACAGU